AUGGUCCGAAGCAAGCACAAUCAUGACACCUUACAACAACCCUCGGUUAUUAAGGAUAUUUUCUCUAAAGUUUCAACUUCAAAUUUUCCAAGACAACGUAGUCAUAUUGCCAAUGCAGCUGGUUGUGAAGAUAAAGGAAAGCAACCUGUACUUGUGGUUCGUACAACUGGAGGAAGUCACUUUGAAGACUUUGUUACAAAUGAACAUACGCAUAGUAAUCAAAAAUGCGUUCAUUUCGAAACGAAAGGAACUGAGAGGAAAACCCCACCAAGUGAUCAAAUAGUAUCCGAAGAAGAUUUGGAAGAAUUUGUUCAAUCCACGCAACAUGCAGUUGGAAUGUCAUAUAAUGUUCAAGGCUUGAACCACGUCAAGGCAGGUGAAUAUAAAGCAGCUUUAAAAUGCUUUGAGCAAGGCAGUGAAGAAGGUCUUAGUAAAGCCCAGUUUAACCUUGCUUUGUGUCAUCAACUUGGUAAAGGUACCAAAGUAGACAUGGAUAAGGCUGUUCACUAUUACAAGCGUGCUGCAUUACAAGAACAUGAAUCAGCGCAAUACAACUUAGCUCUUAUACUUCUUGAAGAAGAUAAUAAAGUUAAAGUAGCCCAUGGACUUCAUUUGCUAGAAAAAGUUGCUCUCAAAGGCAAUGUUCAGGCCCAAUCAUAUCUAGGAAGUUUCUUAGCCCAACCAGGUGUUCACUGCAACAGGAAGAAAGCUGUUCACAUGUUUCAAAUGGCAGCCAAUAGCGGGGAUGCCCUUUCUACGUACCAUCUCGCUGAGUGCUAUGAGCAUGGCUUAGGAGAUUUAAAGGUCAACUCAUCACAAGCGUUUCAACUUUACGCGACUGCUGCUCAGCUUGGGAAUACUGACGCUCACUUCAAAAUGGCUUGCAUGCUUUACAAUGGUUGUGAAGGGGUGGAGCGUAAUACACAACUAGCAGAAGAGAUGUUACAAGAAACUGCGAGCAAAGGACAUCGACUCUCUGCUUUGAAACUGUGGGAAAUUAAGCUCGAGAGACGCCGCGAAAACGAAAAGAAAAAGCUGGCCUUGCUUCUCGCCGACUUCCGACCUUACGACAGUUUAUCCACCUUAAUCGUUCCCGAGUACAAACAACCGAUGCGGCGAAACUCUCACAAGUUCAACAACACGACUGUUAGCGACACAGAUGGAGCACCGAACACUUUUCACAGAGUAGCCAGUUGCCCAACUACAUUAUUACACAACAUAGCAAAACGUUGACUUUUCUACAUGUUGGAACAUACUUCUUUAACCAAUAUAUACAAUGUAAUGCCGCGACUAAUCCUUUAUGGUUGCCAACAAAGUCCUUACGUGUGGUCCUAAUUAAUUCAUGUUUUUCUAUCAUACGAAUACGUAUGGAUUUCCAUUGUAUUGUAAACGAAUAUGAAUCGCUGUACAGCUUUCCUUUUAUAUGUCAAGUUACCGGAAAACCGUAAAAUAUCCACGCUAGUUAAACCAGUGAUUCACUUUCACAAAAACCUUUUUUUUGUCCCAAACAUGUAUUGCGAUUUUCUUAUAAACCGACAGUAUUUACCCAAAUCCUGAAAAAUAUUGACCCCUUUCUUUUUUUCAAUUUCAAAGGUGUUUUUUAAACCCAUGUUAAAAACCAUGGACAAAACAGUCUCUUAUAAUGCGAAUCCUGCCAUUAGCAUUAAAUAUUGCCUUUGCACUAACCGCCAUAUCCCCGGUUAAUAAGCGACAUGAUUUAUCGUAUUCUAUCUAUAGCGAUGCAUUAACCCCCUGGGAGUUUAUGUCUCGUCUUCUUGUUUAUUAUAAGCUUGAAAUUGUGGAUUAAAUUCAUCUGUCAACUUUAUGUCCCUACAGUUCAAACUUGAAUGUCCUUGUUCCAAAAUGACGUUGUUUUUAUUUUCUUUCCUGCUUAAUUUGCGGUGUUCAUGUGAAAGUAAAAUAUAAAAG